AUGGAGAAUGUUGAGUCCUCACAGUUAAUAACCCCCGAGUCAGUGAAAGCCAUCAUCUCAAGGAUUCAGAUUGCCCAGCUAACUCGGACUCAGGAGAAUAUUUCUUCUGAGCUUUCAAACAUCUUGGACAAUGUCAACAAUGUCAUCAGUCAUUUCCAGAAAGAACUAGGAUACGAUUUAAGAGAAAAGGCUGAAUCUCACCACAUGGUAGAAAAAGGCAAAAACAGAUUCAUCUUACUCGAAAAAAUUACCUCCUUGUCCACAGAUGCUAAGAUGAAGGAGAAGCACUUGUAUGAAAUUCUCAGCUGGCUGGGUGACUGGGGUGACAGUCUGACCUAUGAGAUCAGAACCAGGAAGAAUGAGGAAGAUGAGGAAUCCCAGGAUAAAUGGAUUGAAGUCAUAGAGAAAAUGUUACCUCUCUCCCUCAUUGCCACCAAAGGAGGCAUUGAGUCUCUCAUCUCCCUUUGCUCUACUCUCAUUGAAGGAGAGAGGAAGAGAGCACAAGUGCCCAAAUACACCUUCUGGCAAGGGUGGCAGGAACAAAAUCCACAAAUACCUACUUUCACCUCUCAGCCACUGAGCCCACAGCAGAUGCUCCAGGACAAGCACACCACCUGCUUGAAGGUGGAUGAGGUGAUAUCCAUGUUGCAGGAGCUCCUGGACUCUACCAUGUUCAGCAAAGGAGAGGUGAGGGCCAUAAAGUACAUAUCCUCUGUGGUGGAGAACCUGGGCAAGGCUUUUAUCCUCCAAAAUGAGGAGAAUAAGAGGCUGGAGACAAAAUACAGAUGCCUAAAAACAAAGAUGGUUAAGGAGCUCAGAAGCCAGAGGCUGAACUUUCAGAAAUCUCUCCAAACCCUUGAGGCCAAGAGAGAUGUCCUAAGAAAGCAGGUAGAAAUGUUAGGAGGAAAGUACCAUGAACUUUUCCAAAUAAAGCAUACUCUGGAAUACAAGCUGAAAGAAGCUGAGUUUGCUAGUAGUCUAGUAAAAGACUCGGUCAAGAUCUUGGAUGACUCUCGAGACUCCUCUGAGAAAAAGACCCUCAUAGAGGGAAAAACAGUCAUGGAGGAAACACAACAGAAACAAGAGGAGAAGCAAUCAUUUUUUCCACUUGCCUCAAGCCCCAUCAACACAGCCUGGGAUAGUGAUUCACGACCUUCAUCAUAUCAGUCACUCCCCAUCAUGACCACAUAUCCAGAUGUGCUCCGCAGCAAAAUUCUUGAACCCGAGUUGAUGUCCUCAGCAGAAAGCCCAGACAACAAAGACACAAACUUGAAGAACUUCUCGCAGGAUGUAUCCCAUAAGGAGGAUCUACAAAUUCAGCUUCAUUUCAGCAAACAGCAGUCUCCAGAUAGUUUUGAGCAAGAAGUGGAAGAGAACACUCAGAUGGACCAUGGGGAAGAGGAACUUAGCUGGCAGAGGCAGAAGCAGCAGUGGUCACAGGAGGAUGAGAUGCGGCAGCAGCAGCAAAGGAGAUCGGCCUCACCAGAAAAGGAGCCCCAGGAGAGGGUACGCCAGAGGGAACUAGAGGAGGUGGUCAUGGAGAACGUGUCACAGGGGGAAAAGGAUCAAGGGACUCCAAGAAAUGAAUCAAGGAAAGACAUAAAAAGGAUGCUCUUCAUGACCACCAGUCAAGGGAAGUUCUUGAAGGAAGAGUUACCACUGACAGGUCCCGUAAACUGCACCCAAUCUGUUAACCAGUGCAGGAGGCCACAACUACCCAAGUCCCUUCGUGCUCAGUCUAUCACCUCUAGAAACCAGAGGACUGAAAGUUCAGCUGAGUGUAAUCAGAAACCCUGGGCCCACCAGAUUCCCACAAAGCCCAAGAAAUCAGCCUCUUUUCCAACCUCAGAAUUGUGUCUCUUCAAGAGGACCCAGUCCCCUUUGCACAUAUCCCCAGUCUCUCUAAAGGAGAAGGUAUACUACAUGGAUGCCAAAGACCAAAGAGAGAACCUGCAGCUCUUUCUUGGGAAUGGCAAUCUGGGGCUGCCUGCUGCCCUGCACAGCAAGUCACUGGAACUUACUGCCACCACUAUGGAGCUGAGCUUACUCAAGCUGCAGUGCCUGUGCCUGAAGUACAUCCACUACAAACAUCUCGAGAGCCUGCGGCAAGAGAUAAUCAACCACAUACAAGAUGUGCAAAAAACCAGAGGAUCCAACCAGGCCCAAAACCUCUCCAUCUUUCUGGAGAAAAUCAACAUUCUACAGAACCAACAGCUGCAGGCCUGGACAGAAAGGCAGAAAACUGUGGAGGAUAAAUACCAAGAGUCUCUGAGCAAUAUGAUGAAGACAUUUCCCAAGCUUCGGCGGGAAUGGAACAUUCCCCUGCACACGCCCAUGGUCACAUGCCCAAAACUAAGGAAAAGCAAGACAUUCCCAUCUUUACUCCAGCAUACUUCCUUCAAGCAGCCCUCUAUUUCCAACUCUCUAGAUGGUGUGAAACUGAAGAAGGCCCACCAACAGGAGAACCAUCUGAAGCCCAUUUGGAAGACUGAUAUAGCCUCCUCCAGUUAUCUUAUAGAAGAAAAGAUCCCUGCAAAAGACUGGCAGCAGCUGGGGGGACACCCAGAUAUCCCCCGCCUGUUGACAAUGGAUCGUGUGGACUCCAACGGAGAUACCUUGGCGGCUGUGGCCACGCCCCUCCACGCACGUUUCCCGGCGACCCGGAAGGGAUUCCGCGGCCCCUCGCUGGCCGACCCGGAAGUAGACGUACCUCGCGGAAGCCGGCUUUGGCCCUGCGGCUGCCGCCGUCGCCGCGGAGAAAUUGUGGGAGCUGGCAGCCUAGGAAUGGUGAGACUUGGCGUGGCGCCUCGCAGGGGUCCGAGCGGCGGUGGAGGCGAAGUGGAGUUUCCCAGGGUGCCGCUGAGGACGACCGACCCCCCCUUGCAGCCCCAGGCAUGGAGCUUCCCCAACGCCUCCGGCGGGACAGCAGCUGUCCGCUGGGGUCUGGCCCAUCAGUCGUGCACCCCUCAGUCUCCGGUACCUUAG